GCUUGUGAGAUGGCGAUGGAUGCGGCCGAGCCCACGGUCCUAGAUUGUAAAGGAGAUCAAAAGUGGAAUGCGAGGCCGGAUGUGGACUAUCCCCUCCGAGUUCUGUACUGUGGAGUCUGCUCAUUGCCAACUGAGUACUGCGAAUAUAUGCCCGAUGUGGCAAAAUGCAGACAAUGGCUAGAGAAGAAUUUUCCAAACGAGUUUGCAAAACUUACUGUAGAAAAUUCUCCUAAACAAGAAUCUGGCGUUGGAGAAGGUCAAGGCACGACGGGUGAAGAAGAAGAGAAGAAAAAGCAAAAGAGAGGUGGAAGAGGUCAGAUAAAACAGAAGAAGAAGACGGUCCCUCAGAAAGUUACGAUAGCAAAAAUCCCGAGAGCGAAGAAGAAAUACGUCACGAGAGUGUGUGGGCUCGCAACUUUUGAAAUAGAUCUUAAGGAAGCACAAAGAUUCUUUGCUCAGAAGUUCUCCUGCGGUGCCUCAGUAACAGGAGAGGAUGAAAUCAUCAUUCAGGGGGACUUCACAGACGACAUUAUUGACGUCAUUCAGGAAAAAUGGCCAGAGGUGGAUGAUGACAGCAUCGAAGAUCUAGGAGAAGUCAAAAAGUGAAACCGCCGUGUUGUAAAAACAGAAAUGAAACCCUGCCUUUUAACCAACAAACAGGUUCUAGUUGUUGUAGCCGAACUAAGGCUUUCAUGGUGUGCGUUUGCCUGCCAGCAGAACUGUUAAAGGGCACCCUUACUGUUGGCAUUUUCACUGUUCUGUAUUGGCUGCUUAUUUUCUGUUUGUGAUUUUUGCCAAAGUUAAAACUUAAGGGGAAGUGGGACGAUCAUGCUUCUGCAUGAAGUAGAGAUUUAAUUAAAUAAAGAUGUUGCUGCUCCUCACAAA